GGGGGAGGGUUAUGGUUACGAUCUCUAUUCUCUACCUCACUUGAAUAUUCUCUCUGGUCUAUAUUCGAAGGCUCAAGCUUCGCGGCUCCUGAAGCUGGAGCCCGAGCCCGCAGAGUCAUAAGGGAAUAAGAAAUGCCUCAUCUUCUCCUACAUCAGCUAUAUCUACACCAACCACCACUCUUUCCACCACCAUUAUCAUCAUCUCCGACACAUCUUCACCGGAGAACAAGCUGCGCCAACAACCUCUGCAACUCAUGUUCAAUAACAACCGGAAUAUCUCAAACUUUAAUGACGGCGGUGAAGAACGUUUGCCUCCUUAGCCCUCCUGCGGUGAAUUCCACUAAAAGCAUAAGGUGCAUGGCAAACCCUCGAAGGGUGAAGAUGGUAGCAAAACAGAUAAGGAGGGAACUAUCUGACAUGCUCCUCACUGAUAAAGUUCUCCAGAACGCCGUUCUCCCGGAGGUCGCCCUUGGUGCCGACCGUUAUUUGUCCUCCCUCACCACCAUCGCCGACGUAGAAGUCUCCACUGAUUUGCAGGUGGUUAAAGUAUAUGUAUCCGUCUUUGGUGAUGAAAGAGGUAGAGAGGUAGCCAUUGCUGGACUAAAGUCAAAGGCCAAAUAUGUUCGUUGUGAGUUGGGAAGGCGUAUGAAGUUACGGCUGACUCCUGAGAUACGUUUUAUUGAAGAUGAGUCGUUGGAGCGAGGAAGCAGGGUGAUUGCAAUAUUGGAUAGGUUAAAGGAUGAGAAAAAGGCUGUAGAAGUUCAGGAUGAAGGACAAUCAGAAUCAUCUUAUCCUUCUGAAGAUGACAGGGACUGGGAUGCGGAUGACCCCGAUGAAGGCAUUGUCUACAUCAAAUAGAUGGUCUCCUGGGUGGUUGAUACCAUGCUUGUGUGUACAAACCUUGCAACUGAGUUAUCCACUGUUUAACAGGAUGGAGCUUUCAGGAUUAUGCUUUGAUGGAAUACUAUCAGGUUAAUGGAGUUUCCAACGGCAAUACUGUAUUUAGAUUACAAAAACUUGAGCCAACCUUGUAUCUUGAAUUUACCACAUUUUUAUUUAAUUCUCUGUACCUCUCCUACAAGAAGUGGCCCGCAAUGUUUCAGCAUUUUUCUCAA